CAUCAUCAUGUGAGAUACAGUCAUAUGAUUGCUGAAAAUGUCUACUGCGGGUGUGUGUUUAUGGCUUGCUGUGUGCGUUUUAACAAGUCUCGAAAUAUCUGCCAUCAGAUAUGAACCUAACUGGAAGUCAUUAGAUUCGAGACCUAUUCCUUCCUGGUACGAUGAAGCCAAGAUAGGAAUCUUUUUGCACUGGGGAGUGUUUUCCGUUCCUAGUUACCUGACUGCGUGGUUUGUUGAAUACUGGGUAAAAAAUAACACAGAAAUUGUUGACUUUAUGAAGAACAAUUAUCGUCCAGGCUUCACUUACGCCGACUUUGCAUCCCAGUUCACAGCAGAGUUUUAUGAUCCUGUGCAGUGGGCGAACCUCUUUGAAGCGUCCGGUGCAAGAUAUGUCGUUUUAACAACGAAGCAUCAUGAGGGAUUUUGCAACUGGAAGACCAAGUAUUCUUGGAACUGGAAUUCGGUGGAUGUUGGACCAAAGAGGGAUUUGGUUGGUGAUCUUGUUACGGCUAUACGUAAAUACACCUCCCUGAAGUUUGGAACUUACCAUUCACUGUUUGAGUUUAUCAAUCCACUCUUUCUGCAGGACCAGGCCAACAACUUUACAACGCAAGAUUUUGUGAGAAGUAAGACGAUGCCCGAGUUGUAUGAACUGAUAAACAACUACAAACCAGAUCUGCUGUGGUCGGAUGGAGAGUGGAUGGCACCGUACCAGUACUGGAACGCCACACAGUUCCUCGCCUGGCUCUACAACGAUAGCCCAGUUAAGGAUUACAUUGUGACAAAUGACCGUUGGGGAGAGAACACGAUGUGCAAGCAUGGAGGAUUCUACACCUGUCAUGACAAAUACAACCCAAAAACCUUACAAAAGAAAAAAUUUGAAGAUGCAACUACAUUUGACAAACGUUCGUGGACAUACAGACGUAGAAUAAAUGCUGAAGAUCUUCAAACACCAGAAGAAAUUGUCACAACGAUUGCAGAAGUUGUUAGCUGUGGUGGCAAUGUGUUGAUCAAUGCUGGACCAACAUCCGACGGCCGAAUCACACCAAUCUUCCAGGAGCGAAUGCUGCAGAUGGGACAGUGGCUGAAGGUCAAUGGAGAAGCUAUUUAUAGCACAAGGCCAUGGAUAUAUCAGAAUGACACCACGACCCCUGGAGUAUGGUAUACAUCUAAGAAGUCUGCAACGGGAACUGAUGUGUAUGCUAUUGUUCUGAGCUGGCCGACAGGAGAGAACCUGGUCCUGGGUUCGCCUGAGCCCGACAACCAGCACACGACUGUUAGCCUCCUUGGAUACACAGGCGAGUUUGGCUUCAAACCCGGACAGUACUCGGGCAUGGUGAUCAAGAUUCCACCAAUCCCAUUCAACAAGAUGCCCUGUCAGUGGGGCUGGGUGUUCAAGUUGCAGGGCUUGAAAAACAUGUAGAUUUACUUCUUGUUAUUUGAGAAAUUGCACACACUGUAGACAUCGCACAUAGAGAUUUGUUUUCUGUUUUAGAAAUAAAUGCUGGGUCAACUUUUAAACUUUAUUAAAGAAUAUUGUUAAGAACAAUUAGGUGAUUCUUAUUUUUGUCUGUCUGAAGCCAAAUUCAUAGUUUGUCUCGGUCAGACAAAAUAAAGACUAAUUCUUGGAUUUGCAAGUUUAUUCUGGUAAUCAAAAUUUAAAAAAUUAAUAAAUGAUGAUUUAAAUCCUAGUGUUUAAAAAAUAAAUUAGACACCUUUCUAUGUGGUAAUUAUUAUUGUGGAACACUGUGUGUAUCAGGUCUAAUAUCACAUUAGAAUAGAUUAUUGAUUCCUCUAAUCUACAGCAUGUAUUUUCAACAGGACCAAAAUCUUUUAUGUUUUGAUUUUCAAAUGUUUGGAUAUUAUGUUCCUUUGUUAUAAUUUAAUAUGUUGGAUGUUUUUAAAAUGCAAGUAUUAACAGUGUAUUUUAUGCUUUUUAGAUUUGCAUAUGUUUAUUAUUGUUGUGUUCACUGUUGGUCAUAAUGAAUAAGAUAUACAGUAUGUACUUUUAUGUGUGGUUUGUUUAGAAUUUUUAUUUCGGUCGAUUUUUGUGCUUAUAUGCACGCUUUACAAGGAGAAUUUUUAAAGGCUUACUUAGUCUUGUAGAUGUGAUUUCCUGGUGUCUGGGAGACAAAUUGAUUGUAAUUAUGUGAGAAAAGUUGACAGCUUGAAGAGAUACAACAUAUUUGGCAACUUUAGCAGGAUCAUAUUCAGCAUGCCAGACAUGCUUUUUAAAAUCACCAAGUAUGGUGCUUAAUAAAACCAGGGCCCAUAUUUUUUAAGCUAUCUUAGCUCUACGAAAUUGUAAAUGUAUUGUAGCUAUGACGUCACUAUGGCGUGUGCUGUAGUGACAUUAUAGCCUACGAUAGUUUUACAAUUUCUAGUGCUAAGAUAGCUUCAAAAGUCUCUAGCCAGCAUGGUGGGGCCCCAACCUGAUUAUGUAGUUGGAGAACACUGGGUAUAAUAAGCUUGGAAUCGUAGCCUUGUAUUGUAAAGAUGGUCCCAUGUACAGCAUUAUAUAUAGUUUUUGUUAAAUGAUAUAACAGUUGUGCAAUAAAAGUUAAACAAUA